AUGAGCACCGCUCUGCCAUUCCCCGAGCUGCCCAAGACGGACCAAGGCAAGAGGAUAUGUCAGGUCGUCAAGGUCAGACCAGAGAGGUUGGACGAGUACAAAGAGGUACAUGCGAAUGUCUGGCCUGAAGUGCUCGGGGCAUUGAGGCAAGCGCACGUUGUCGACUACUCGAUACACUACCUUGAGCCCCACAACCUCCUGAUCGCCCACAUGCGCUACAUCGGCAAAGACUACGAGGCAGACAUGCGGGGCAUUGCAGAGAAUGAAGUCACCAAGCGGUGGUGGCAGCUUACAGAUGGAAUGCAAGAGAGCUUUGUGCCCGGCGCCACGGGCUCCGAGAGUGGUCCAGGAUGGUGGACCAACGCUGAAGAAGUAUUCAGGAUGGAGGGGUAG